UUCAUUUUCCUGUCCGGUGUGUCACAGUUUCCAAUAUGGCGGCAUCCAUAGGCAGGUUUUUUUCACGUGUAUCGUGGCAUGGUUCUUGUAUUAUUUUGAAAAACACGCUCCCAUGUAUAUCGUUAAGAUACACGUUUCAUCGCUCUGCAACAACCCAAAGUGGACUUCUUUUUUCGCUAAAUAAACGGGGCAUUUUGAAGGAUGCUUUCCCCGAAAACGCAGCCCAAGAUCAACUUCCUCAACUGCUGCAGUCUGGGUGCCAGACGGUGUACUGCGGAUUCGACCCCACGGCGGACAGCCUUCACGUGGGUAAUUUACUCGCCAUCGUCGGGCUAUUGCAUUUUCGAAGCGCAGGACACAAUGUCAUCGCUCUAAUCGGUGGUGCAACAGCACAGAUAGGGGACCCAAGCGGGAAAACAAGCGAGAGAGAGCAGCUACCGUCUGAUGUAGUGGAGGACAAUACAAGGGCUAUCAGGGACAGUUUGCAGCGAAUCUUCACCAACCAUGAACUGCAUUUCCACAACGACUCUAAAAAGCUUGGCACUGUAACCCUAUUGAACAAUUUAGCUUGGUACAAAGACUGGAAUGUGGUUGCUUUUCUGUCAGAAGUUGGCAGACGUUUCCGAAUGGGGACCCUGCUCAGUAGGCACAGUGUCCAGUCCAGGCUGAAGAGUGCAGAGGGCAUGAGCCUAACUGAGUUCUCUUACCAGCUGUUUCAAGCUUAUGACUUCUACCACCUGAACCAGAAUCAUAGCUGUAAGAUCCAGCUGGGAGGGACAGACCAGCUGGGCAACCUGAUGUCUGGGCACGAGUUUAUACACAAGGUGACUGGACAGGAUGUGUAUGGGCUGACCAUCCCACUGGUGACCAGCUCUGCGGGGGACAAGCUGGGGAAGACCGCAGGCAAUGCAGUGUGGCUGAACAGGGACAAGACAUCUCCGUUUGACCUCUAUCAGUUCUUCCUCAGGCAGCCUGACAGCAGUGUGGAAUGGUAUCUGAAGCUGUUCACCUUCCUACCCUUGGCCGAGGUGGAGAGGGUGAUGGAGCAGCAGAGACAGGAGCCAGGUAAACGGCCCGCACACAAACGCCUCGCUGCCGAAAUCACCAAACUGGUCCACGGCAAGGAGGGUCUGGAGAGUGCCAAAAGGUGCACCAAUGCCCUGUACCACAGUAACCUACAGGCCCUGGAGCAGAUGAGCGAUGCUGAGCUGCAGGAGCUCUUCAGAGAGGCCUCUUUCCAUGAGCUGCUGCUGGAGCCAGGGACCACAGUACUGGAUGCCUGCCGCAGGGCAGAGGCCAUCCCCCAGGGGGGCAAAGGGUAUCGCAUGGUAUCAGAAGGAGCUGUAUGGAUCAACCACAGUAAGACAGACAGCCCAGAGCAGGUACUGAUCCCUGGACAGCACCUCUUGGCCAACGGACUUUCUCUCCUCAAAGUGGGCAAGAAGAACUUCCACAUCAUCAAGUGGCUCAAUCUGUGA